AUGGUGCGACAGGGAGGAGUAGCCACUAUGAUGAGUGCUAGGGCAAGAAGAGCCUUGAAGGAAUGGACGCUGAUGAGCAAGAGGGUCGUCAAGGCACGAUUCUACUCAAAAUACAAAAAGCUGACGGUAAUACAAGCAUAUGCACCAGCGAAUGAGGCGAUGGAUGAGAAAAAAGAUGAAUUCUACAACCAGCUGCAGGACACGGUUUCUAGGUGCAAUAGACACGACAUGAUCGUGGUGAUGGGAGAUCUGAACGCUAAGGUUAACCGCCAAACUUUGCAAGCUAAUCAAGACUUCAUAUGGGAACUAAUUUACUCGGAACUUGACGUUUCCAUGGAAACGUUGCUUACACAACUUGUUUUGAUUCAUUUUGGUGGAUUUGUGACGUUUCUGGAAUCCGAGAUGGCGAAUCCAAGAAUAGCCAUAACAAGAUGGCGGGUUUUUGGAUAUCAUGACGUAGUCACCACGUGGUAUGGCGACAUCAUCUCAUGCUGCUUACCUCAGAGGAAAUGUUUCUGGAGUCUCUAA